CAGGAAAAAAUUGGGAAUAAAUCUGGAAUGUUGUAGUUAGAAUGUGUUAUCUCUUUUCUGUAAAUUUAAAUCUAUUUAGUUUUGUCGCUGCAAUUAAUCUCGAUGGCGCUUCUGUCGAAAUAAUACCGAGCCAUAUGAGGAAGCUACGGAACAGCAUAGAGCUUAGAAAGAUUUUCUGCGAACGUAACCCAUAAAAAUAUGGAGAUCUACUAUUUUGGUUGAUUUUAGCUUUUUACACCUCACGUGAUCUAACACUCAGCGUUAUAUGCUGCAAUCUCUUUAUACCUCGAGGUUGAAAUUAUUGGAAAAUAGAAACAAUGAGACGGUACGUCGAUCUUGCUAAAGUAGCAUCUAAUUAUGCGAUGCGAAUGAACCGGCUAAGGAACAGAAUAUUUGGAGAGGUAGUUCGUACUACAAAUGAACAAUCAAUGAAGGUCGUGAAGAUGUUCAGUGCUCCACCUUUGAACACACGAAAAGAUAUCGUUGAUUAUUACCCAAGGCACGUUGAGACUGGCAAAUUAAUGAGACAUCUUCGUUACUAUGGCUUGUUCAGAGACGAACAUGAAGAUUUCAAAGAAGAAAUGGUGCGUCUCAGGGCGUUGCGUGGCAAAGUCAAACCUGUGAAACAACGCAAAGAAGCCAAGAAAGAAUAAUUACCUAGUAGAUUUAAAGACCACUGGAGAUCCAGGAUUUCCUGCACAGGCUGCAAUUCUAUCUUCUGACUCCGUCAUCACGCAGAAAACGUUGGUAUAGCUAAUGUUGCCUUUGAAUAUGUUCAUACAGAAUAUCCAAGUAUUUGGAAUUACAUGACUGUACUGAAUCGGCUUGGCCAAAACUUUCGCAGAUGGGGCAACGUAACUCUGCCAUCCAAAUAUCAAACAAUUUUUAUAAUCAUUGUUUGGAGCAACUGGAGCAACAGCUACUAGUUGUACCGUAUCAUCGCAGAUAUCAAACGAUUGGGACAAUUUUAGUAAAGCGAUAUUAUGCUCGCGGUCAUUUAUCUUGGAGUAGGCCUUGUAUUGCGGAAAUAUGUACGUAGCUUUUAUGCUCACUGUUUGCCCUGAUCCUGUGCCAUUCAAGCCGGCGGCAUACAGAGUGAUAGACUGUAAUUGAAUAAUGAGGGGUAAAUCUAA